AUGCUGCUCGACCACUUGUACGACGCAUUCACCAUUUCGUUUGUUGUUCAGCUUUGCAUCGCUGGGAUAAUCUUCCGCCUGUUAUACAACAAGUAUGCCAACGGCAUCAAUCAUAUCCCAGGACCCUUCUUGGCAAGCUUUACCGAUCUGUGGAGGCUGUGGAUAGUAUGGAAGAGGAGGGCGGAGGUGGUGCACAUCCGACUUCAUGCACAAUAUGGCAGCCUCGUGCGAAUUGGGCCGAAUACUGUAAUCGUCUCGGACAGCCAGGCAGCGAAGCAAAUCUAUGCGCUGAACGCCGGUUUCGUCAAGUCGGACUUUUAUCCCGUCCAGCAAACCAUCGCCAAAGGGCGGCCCCUGUUGACCAUGUUUAGCUCGACGGACGAGGCCUUCCACGCAAAGCUCCGCCGCGCCGUGUCCAAUGCCUACGCCAUGAGCUCAAUCGUACAGUACGAGCCGCUAGUAGACUCGACGGCGAAAGCGUUCUUGUCCGAGCUGACCAGACGCUACGCCAACCGCGAUGAGGCGUGCGACUUUGGCACAUGGCUGCAGUACUAUGCGUUCGAUGUUAUUGGCGAGCUGACUUAUUCGAAGCGGCUGGGUUUCGUCGACCGCGGCGAAGAUGUCGACGGCAUCAUCCACGAUCUCGAGUGGCUGUUGAACUACGUUUCCGUGGUCGGCCAGAUGCCCAUCCUCGACCGCCUCUUCCUGAAGAACCCCUACCGUUUAUGGAAGAGCAAGCACGGCUACUCCAACUCCAACACGCCCGUCGUCGAGUUCGCCAAGAGGCGCAUAGCCGAAAGCAACAACGAAAAGGACGGCACCAAGGCUGAUGGUGAAGCACCACGACAGCGGGACUUCCUGUCGCGGUUCCGCGAAGCACACCGCAAGAACCCGGACUUCAUAAGCGAGGAGCGUGUACUCGCGUUGACCGUGGCCAACAUGUUUGCGGGGUCAGACUCGACAGCCAUCUCACUACGUGCUGUCUUCUACCACCUGCUACGCAAACCGGCGGCGCUGGAGAAGCUAGUUGCCGAACUUGAAGAGAUGGAAGGGAAAAAGAAGAAUGAGGAAGACACCUCCAGCGGCAGCGGCGGGGACGAGGAGUCUCUGGUGCUGCCACGAUGGAGCGACGUGCGUGACCUGCCGUACCUGGGUGCCGUCAUCAACGAGGCGCUGCGCGUGCACCCAGCCGCCGGCCUUCCAUUGGAGCGAAUCGUGCCGCAGGGGGGUGUCACCGUCUGUGGUGCAUUCCUCCCUGCAGGCACCAUCGUGGGCUGCAAUGCGUGGGCUCUACACCGUGACGAGGCCGUGUUCGGAGACGACGUCGGUGCGUUCCGGCCGGAGCGGUGGCUCGAGGGGUCCGAAGCACGGCGGGCGGAGAUGAAGAACUGUCUAUUUGCUUUUGGGGCCGGCGCCAGGACGUGCGUCGGCAAAAAUAUCAGCUUGCUCGAGAUGUACAAGCUGGUCCCCGCUGUGCUGCUGAACUUCGAGGUAUGUUACUCAUAA